AUGGCUUGUCAUGGAUUGCCAUGGGAUGAUGCAAGCUCACGAAAGUUUGGUCCCACGACCAAAGUCGACAAGAAGAGAAGCCUGGAAAACCGAACCUUUCCUGGACUACAAGAUGACGAGGCCAAAGCAGUUGAAGAGUACGCACGACGUCGAGCAGAAGAAGCCUUGGCAAAACCUUUCGGUGAGCUCGAAGGAAGUGAUGAGGAGUACCUUGACGACAAGGACUUGAAGGACAAGCAGAAGAAAGAGACUGAACUCAAGAAGCCUGGUGAUGGAGAACGAGAACAAGCAGAGGAGUUCGUGAUGAACCUCAAGGCGGACUACAUCCUCAAGUUCCUCAACAACCUGUUGGACCUCAACAUCCUCAAGGAGAACUUCGACCUCAUGGUGAACUUCCUGGAGAAGAACCUCCCACGAAGAGUGCACGAACGGGUCAAGAAAGCAAAGGUGGAAUUUUCAGUGGCAUUCAAGAAGGGCCUUCUAGAUGUGGCUUUGGACGACCACGGGUUCGUCGAAGUGGACGAAUAUCCUUUGGUGGACCUCAAGGACUGGGGCGAGUUCAAUGAAGUUGACCUGGAGCAGGAAUCUGAAGAAGCUGGACCUCCAGAUGUCUCUGAAGAGAUGUUGACGCAGUUGGAGCUGGAGGCAGAUGAACGGCUUUGA